ACACCACACACAUCUGCGCAUCGGGACCAUGCACACCGCCUCCAGGACGCUCAGCGGGGCGCUGCUCUGCGCGCUGCUGCUGCUGCUCUCCGCAGCCUCCGCAGCCCGGGGGAUGGAGCUGGAGUCCGGGGAGGAGCUGAGCCCCAGGGCCCUGCGGGACUUCUACCCCAAAGGUCCCAACCUGACGAGUGAGAAGCAGCUGCUCGGAGCUCUGCACGAAGUUCUGGAGAAGCUGCAAGCAAAACGACUCCCUUCGUGGGAAAAGAAAUUCGGCCAAGUCCCCACGUGUGACGUCGGGGAGCAGUGCGCGGUGAGGAAAGGCGCUCGGAUCGGGAAGAUGUGCGACUGUCCCCGGGGAGCUUUCUGCAACUUCUUCCUGCUGAAGUGCUUAUGAGCCGGGCCGGGAGCGAAUGCCGCAUCGAAGAUGAAGAAAAACAUCGAUUCCUUUACUGUCAUAUUUUUUAUGAUACACCCAAAGGAGCCGGUUUGGUGACCGGCCGACCCUUAAAGAAAAGAACCGUGUAGUUCUAUCAUUUAAAAAAGUGCAUCACAUCAAUGAAAGAGAUCUGAGGAUAUUGAUCAAUACUACGAAGUUAACCAGAACCCAUUUAGUGAUGUAGUAGGAGCUUAUAAACAACCCACAAUGCACCGUCUAUAACUAUAAGAGGAGCACAUGCACACAUGCUAUUACAGUGAUUCUUCGUCUGGGGGAAAAAAACAAAUUUGUCUUUGAUUUUGUUUGUUUCAGAUGAAUGUUUGUGGAUAGAAUCCCAAUAGUAGUGAUGUUAUCAUACCAAUAAACAUAAUUAUUGUUUUGUAAAGCA